ACCAAAUCAAUGAUAACGUGGCGCGACGUUCCUUUUUUUUAAACUUCUUACAUUUGACUCGGAAUAGUGAUGCCAGCCCCCGUCUUGUUAUGACUGUGGCGUCGGGUAUGGCCUGGGGGGCGCCAACGACACGGAAUAGGACUGGGGUGCGGAAAACCGAGUUGGUCGACGGGGUUUGUUGCUCUUAAUUAUCGUAAGGCUGGCUCUGACCUUAGGUAGUUAGUAUCGUGGGAGUUCCCGCCUCCUCAAGUUGUUGCCUUAAGUUUUAUUCACGCGAUGUCCUGUGAUGAUAUUGAACCUUUCCAACUACCAAUCAAAGAUGUCCAGGUGUUACCGGAAAUACCAAACUCUCUUAUGAGAGGAAUUGCAGCAACGGUUGGAACACCACCUCAGAAUAUAGUGUUGUUGCCCUGGCCAGACCUCAAUAACACCUGGAUCUAUGAUGAACAGGCAUAUUGUGAUUCUACGAUUAUCUGGAACGGUACCAUCUGCCAGGUACGCCGCGGCAACUAUUAUCUGGAAGUAGACUCGUCUACUUGGGUGAAAGCAGACGAUAUAGUUGCUGCUGGUGGUGCUCCUACUGAAACCCAAGCUCGCGGGUCAGAACAAGGCGUCGGAAACCUUAUCUAUUCAAGCCUCGGGGGAACAGAUGACUUCGGUUUCGAUUCAAGCAACAGGAUCAAUGGUAUGCCCAUAGGCAUACCUAGGUCAGGUUGGGACCACGGCUACACAAUACUCCAUGCGAUGGGUAUGGGGACGAACUCGACAAUUCUCAACGCUUUGUUCCAAACAGGCCAAAUAGGUUCUCGAGUGUGGUCAAUCUUCUGGGGCCACAUGUGGGUGGAUGAUGGCGCCGUCGACGGUUCAAUUGUGUUUGGUGGUUACGACCAACAAAAAGUCAUUGGAAAAAACUAUACCCAACCGCUGGAUUUCAGUGACAAUACUGGAUGCUGGACGGGCAUGAUGGUACAUAUCUCCAAGGUCACUCUUAACAUACGUACCGGAGAAAAUAUCAAUAUCCUACCAGCAAAUACUGAGAUUCAUGCCUGCAUCGUGCCACAACGCCAACUACUCCUCGAAGCCCCAGAGUCGAUGAUCGCUACAUUCGAGAACGCAACGAAUACGAGGAAUAUUGGGCUGUCGUAUGGAUUACAUUGGUCCGCGUAUUUAUACGAUGCAUCAGACUACUUCGAUGGCGACUUGACUAUAUCCCUCUCCACGGGGUUAGACGUUCGAAUACCGAAUAGCCAAUACAUGGUACCGUUUGUCGACAUUGAUCGUAACGGUUCUCGUUUUUUUAACACGUCUGAGCGGGAGCUCUUGAUCGGUGGGUUGGCAGACCAGCCCGCCACGCUUGGCCGUUAUUUCCUGACCUCCGCCUACUUGAUGAUUGACCAGGACUCUGAUACAUUUACGUUGUGGCAAGCCAACCCUACGUCGGAUAGCAAGCUUGUGUCCGUCGUAACGAACGAAAAUGCAGAGUGUGGGAAUAGGACAUCUACUCCAGACUCGAAUGCAUCGUCCCCCGAUACCUCUCAAAAUUCUCAAGCUGCGACAGGCCUUUCUGGGGGCUCUAUUGCAGGCGUAGUCGUGGGUGUAGUUGUAGGGCUCGGCAUCUUGGGGCUAGGCAUAUUAUUUUACCUUCGACGGGCUCGCCGCCAAGCUGAAUUCACGCAGGCAGCAACGGAUUCCCCGACCCCUAUUAAUGAAAGUCGACAAGCAAACCGGAUAUCUGAGCUUCCGCCGACAGAUCCUACAAAGUCGUGGUAUAACCCAGUCCACGAACUGCAUGGAUCCAUUGGGGUUCCGUCUGAGGUGAGUGGACAAGACCACUACAUAUAUGAAAUGGACGGCGAUAUAAACACUCGCCGAGUAUAAUGGUCGUAAUCGAGAAAUAAUAUAAUACUAGUGAUGGAGUAAAAUAUCGCCCUAAUAGAAUUGUUCACGUGUUCAUCUUGUUCGUUUAUCAGGACCUACGUUUCGCUGGAGCCUCGUCAUGUUGUUUGCGGCAUUGACCGAAGGCAAAUGUUGCAGUAAUGAGCGGGUGGUGCAUUUUUAAACAUCCUACAUCAUCGGAUAUAGCAAUGAAUGCUAUCGUGACCGUGGGGAUCAAUAAUUAAGUAAUAAAGGAUAGAAGAUGUUCACUAGGGAUCGUCUUACCGUUGCUUGAGGUGCGAUAUGUGUAUGACUUAGGUAGUCAAUGUAAAAUAUAAAGAGAAAGUGAGGAAGUGAAAGGAAGGAAGAGUGAAUAAAAGAGCAGACUUUAGAAGUAGGCGUAUUGAAGUACAUGUACCUAAGUACCUAUCUAGGUAUCUCAGGUAAGCAGGAUUCAGAGAUAUAAUUGGAUCCUCGGGGUUACUCAGAUUACUGUACAGUACCUCUACUACGUACCUCCUCGU